UCACCCCCUUUCUGAAUUUGAUGAGGGUAAGAGAAGCUAUCGGCGUCGGCUUGCUGGGCACAACCGGAGGAGGAGGAAAACACAACCAGAGGAUAUUUCCCCACGGUUGAUGAUACUUGGAAGCAGGGAGAACACUGGUAGUGGGAACCUUGAUGUUGUCAAUUUGUUAACUAUUUUAACUUGUUUGCCAGGAAAUAAUAACGAUAAAAGUGCAAAUAGUCCUCCAAUACCCAAUAAGGACAGGCUCAUCCAGAUUAUCAGCAAGAUUAAUAAUUCGCUACCUCUUGCUUCAAAUUCUACUUCUCGGUCACCAUCAGGAAGUUUUGAGCUAAAUGUUUCACAACAAGCUUCGUCAGACCACUCUAAUAAAAUUAAUGGCAGCACAUCUGCUCCAUCAACCAUGGAUUUGCUUACUGUUCUUUCAGCUGUGUUAGCAUCUUCUCCUGAUAGUCUUGGGAUCAGUUGGGGCCAUUACAUCUCCAUUCCAAUGGCUCAGUGUGUAAUCAUGAAACAUGAUAUGUGUGGAUUUGAAUCAGCUUCCCCACUGCUCGGGGUUAAUGAAGAGCUUAGCAAUUUUUUGUUAAAAGACCCGUCAUUAAAACUACUUCCCAGAACAAUUGACAUGAGUUAUGACCUUUCAUAUUAA